AUGUACUCACCAGAACUCACUUGCGAUACCCCCGAACCAGUCCUACCUUCCACUGCCUUCCUCGCUCCCAUUCUGUGGCAGUCGGACGAAGCAAUCCGAGCUGCGGCUGAUGAAGAACCAGCACCCCCUAAAAUUCCUUCUGGUCGUAUGUACAUGCCUUCCAGAUACCGUAUUUCACUACUGGAUAGUGUGCACACCUCCCUCGGCUCAGGACACCCUGGCAGCAGGCAAACCCUCUUGCUCCUCCAACAAAGGUUUUGGUGGCCCAAUAUGACCAGGGACAUCAUCCAGUACAUCCAGGGUUGCUCGAUCUGUGCCAUCACAACCACACCUAGUCAUCUGCUCCAGGUGAGUGAUCUGCGGAUUGUCCUGCUGGGGACGAGUAUUGCAGAAAACAACAGAGUUGGAAACUUAAUCUUAAAUAAAGAAGCAUUUGGAAGGCAAGCACCCUCAUCUGGUGAAGAAGAGUUCAGUGAAAGAGUAGAGGGCAGAAACAUCACAGUCAUCAGCACAUCUCACCUGCUCAACCCAGAACUCAAACUACUCACAAUAUCACAGAAAACAUUAGCACUGUCUUCUCCAGAACCUCAUGUGAUCAUACUGGUGCUGCAGCACAGGGAUUUCAGUAAGGAGCAGAGAGAUCGAUUACCUUCAGUGUUGAACUGCUUUGGUGAGCAGGCAAUGAAGCGCACAAUGAUCCUGACUACUGAUGAUGAGCCAGUGAGUGAUCUGAGGAUUGCCCUGCUGGGGACAAGUAUGUCAGAAAACAGCAGAGUAGGAAACCUAAUCUUGGGUAAAGGUGUGUUUGGAAAAAAAAGAACAUCAUCUGAUGAAGAACACCGUGGAAGAGUUGAGGACACAAACAUCACAGUCAUCAGCACUGACCUGCUCAGAUCAAAGCUCAAACUAAAAAACGCAACACAGAAGGCAUUGGAGCUGUCUCAUUUUAAUCCUCAUGUGAUCAUUCUGGUGCUGCAGAACAAUGAAUUCAAUCAGCUUCAUAAAGAUCGAAUAUCUUCAGUGCUGAUCUACUUUGGUGAGCAGACGAUGAAGCACACAAUAAUUCUGACCACUGACGACAAGAAACAAAGCAGUAAACAGCAGUCUGUGAAAGAAAAUAAGCUUAUUCAGCAGUUAUCUGCAGAGUGUGCAGGAGGACGUCUUCAGCUACUAAACACACAGCGCUCUCAAAUACUUCAGAAAGUGGAUGAAAUAAUCACUCAUAGUGGUCAUGAGACACAACUGCAGUCAUCCCUGGAUCAAGAGGACAUGAGUGAUGUGACAACUUUAAGGAUUGUUCUUUUGGGUAAAUGCAAGUCAGUGAACAGUCGAGUGGAAAAUAUCAUCUUAGGAGAUGUGGGGCUUUAUAGUAAAGUUUAUCAAGAUGUGGAGAGAGUUGGAGGAAAAUUGAAGGACAGACACGUGACGCUCAUCAACAGUCCUCAGCUGCUCCAGCCUCAUGUUUCACUUCAUCAAAUCACACAGACUGUCAGAGAGUGUGUGCGUCUAUCUGAUCCAGGACCUCAUGUCUUCAUGAUCGUACUGCAGUAUGGAGACUUCACUGAAGAAGACAGAUACAGAGUGAAAAGUGUCCUGAAGGAGUUCAGUCAAGAAGCCAUCAGACGCACCAUAGUGCUCACGACUGAUGAAAAAUCAUAUGGAUCAAUAUUGUCUUCUAUAGUCAAGAAUGAUGCAGUAAAUCUGUUAAUAAAGGAGUGUGGAGGACGACAUCUGCAGCUGUAUGAAGGAAAACAAGAAUGGCAAUCUGACGCAUUGAAGAGGUUUGAGGAGAUUCUGAAGGGAAACGCGGAACAAUAUCUCUCUUGUGAGAGAUAUAAAGAUGUUAAAGGGACAUCAGUCGAUGAAGAGGAGACCAGAUCUGAGGAAGAACAUGACAAGAGUCACAACGAUUAUGGAGAUCUUAAAGAGAGAUGCAAUGAAGAGUCAGCAGAUGCAUAUGGACAACAGAAGCUAAAUCUGAUUCUGUGUGGAAGUGAUGAAACACGUACGGUCUCGGUGUCAAAGCUUCUCAGUCAUUUCAGUCAGACAGAAAGCAGUGGAGUGAGUGUGAAGAAACAGAAGAUUCAUGGUCGUCAGAUCAGUCUUGUGAAUCUUCCAGCUCUCGGUCAGCUCUCAGAGGAGGAAGUGAUGCGUCAGACUCUCCGCUGUGUGUCUCUCUGUGAUCCUGGAGUUCAUGCUUUCCUCCUCAUUGUUCCUGUUGGACCACUGACUGAUGAAGAUAAAGCUGAAAUAGAGAAGAUCCUGAAGAUAUUUGACUCUAGAGAUCACUUCAUUCUGCUCUUCACAACAGAGCUCACUGAUGAUGGAUUUGCAGCAGAUUUUGUCAACACCUAUCCAGAAUGUCAGAGGUUGAUCAGCCAUUGUGGAGGUCAGUACAGAGUGAUUGGGUUAAAGGAACCUGAAGAAUCCAGACAGAUCCCAGAACUGCUGGAGUAUUUAGAGAAGUUAAAGACUGAACUAUAUUCACCCCAAGUGUUUGUGAAAGUGCAAGAGAGCAGAGCCAGAUGUGAACUGGAUGAACAACAUAAGAAAGAAUUGAGUGAAAUGAAAAGUAAAAUCAAAGAGCUGGAGGACAAGAUUCAGUCAGAUGCUGCUGAAAAUCCAGAAGAUCUCGAGUGUCUGAGGAUUGUGUUGAUUGGAAGGACAGGAAAUGGAAAGAGCGCAACAGGAAACACUAUUCUAGGAAGAAAUGAGUUUCUCAGCCAAUUAAACACAGAUUCAGUGACGACGGUGUGUGAGAAGAGAGUUGGAGAAGUUGCUGGUCGAUCAGUAGCUGUCGUUGAUACUCCAGGACUCUUCGACACGACACUAACAAAUGAUCAAGUGGUGGAAGAAAUAGUGAAGUGUGUUUCACUGUCAGCUCCUGGACCUCAUGUGUUUGUCAUUGUGGUGAGUUUGGGAAGAAUAACUAAAGAGGAGACGGACACUGUAGACCUGAUCAAGAAGAUAUUUGGUCCAAAAUCUGCUCAGUUCAGCAUCGUUCUCUUCACCAGAGGAGAUGAUCUUGAGAAUCAAUCUAUAGAGGAUUAUGUGAAGAGAAGCAAAUCUGCAGAACUGCAGAAACUGAUCAGAGAUUGUGGAAACAGAUUUCUGGUGUUCAAUAACAAAGAAAAACAAGACAAAACUCAAGUGAUGAAGCUGUUAAAGAUGAUAGAAGAGGUGAAAACUAACAAUCAGGGUCGAUACUUUACAAAUGACAUGUUUGAGGAGGCAGAGAUGUCCAUUAAGAAGAAGAUGGAAGAAAUACUGAAAGAGAGAGAAAGAGAGAUUCAGAAACAGAAAGAAGAGUUACAGGCCAAAUAUGAGAUGGAGAUGAAGACACUAAAGGAAAGACUGGAAGAAGAGAAAAGAAAAGCAGAUGAGGAAAAACAACAGAGAGAGAAUGAGUUUAGACAAAAAGAGGAAAAACUCAUCAAAGAGUUUGAAGAGAAACACAAAGCAGAACAACAGAAACAAGAGAUGGAGAAACAGAAACUAUUAGAAGAGGAAAAACAGAAAAAAGCAGCAUAUGAUCGAGAAAUUGAGGAGAUGAAGAGAGAGAUAGACAACCAGAGAACACAGUAUGAACAACAGCAGAAAGAAAGAGAAGAAGAAGACAGAAAGAGAGAAGAGAAAUACAGACAAGACCAAGACAAGAUGAAAAGUGAACAAGAGCGAAUUAUAGAAGAAUUAAAGACGAAACAAGAAGAAGAAACUAAAGAGAGAUUUAUGAAAGAGAAAAGAAGAAAUCAAGAAGAGGAGGAGGAGAGAGAGAGAUGGAGGAUAAAAAUAAAAGAGGCUGAAAAUGACAGAAAAGAGAUUCAAGAGGAAGUUAAACGACAGCAGAAAGAAUGGGAGGAUAAAAAGAAACAACAGAUGAAACAAAGAGAGGAAGAAGAAAGAAAAAGAAAAGAGAAACACGAGGAACAACUGAGAGAAAAACAAGAAGAGCUGGAGAAACUGAGCAAGAGAUUUAAAAGAGAAAGAGAAGAAGAACGACAGAAGAUGGAGGAGGAGAGACAGAAACAGAAGAGAGAAAGAGAAGAAAAGGAGAGAGAAUAUGAGGAAAAGAGACAGGAGACAAAGAGACAUUAUGAACGACUGGAACGAGAAAGAAAAGAGGAGUGGGAGAGAAGAAAACACGAAGAUGAAGAGAGACGAGAAGAAGAAAAAACUAAAUGGAAUAAAAAGAUUGAAGAUCUGAAACGAGAGCAAGAAGAGGAGAUCAAGAGAAGACAAAAAGAGCAAAUGCAGAGAAAAGACAAAGAGAGAGAACUAAAUGAAAUGAAACAGAAACAUGAAGAGGAGAUGAAAGAGAUAAAGCAGAAACAUGAAGAUGAAGCCAGAAAACAAGCAGAAGAGUUGAAUGAUACCAAAGAGGGAAAAGAGCAGCUCCAACAGAAACUGAAAGAAGAUCAGAAAGAACAUGAACUGCUGAAAACUCUCCAUCAACAGCUCAGAAAACAGAAAGAAAAGGAAAUAAAAGAGUUGGAGAAAGAAAUGGAUCAACUUGUUAAAAGUCUACAGCUCCAGAAAGAAAAAGAAAUAAAUGAGUUUAAAAAACAAGCUGAAGCGGUCAAUGACCUCCUGAAAAACCAGAAAGGAGAGAAAAUAGAAGCUCUGCAAACAGAAGUCAAAAGAUUCUGCCAAAGCCUGCAAGAUCAAAAAGGAGACAAAAUAAAGCAAAUACAAGAUGAAGCAGAUAAACUCUGCCAAAGCCUGAAAGACAAGAAAGAAGAGCAUCUUAAGAAGCUCCAAGAAGAAGCUGACAAGAAAAACAAAUUUGGCUCAAGAUGUGUCAUUAUGUGA